GUGUUCGACAUUAGGAGGGGAGGCAGAGGAGAGGGAGGAAGAGUCAAAGGCAGCCAAAAGAAGAAGGGGAGGCUUUUGGGGUUUCUUUUUAUAUGAAAUUGAGGUGACAAGACAGACCCCGGCCUUUGUGGGUCACCUGGUGACAGAAGAUGAAGAGCCAGAUCACUAAUGCCCUCUCUGACUUCUUCUUUGAGUACGAGACCCCCCGCCAGGUGCUGGUGAGGAACAGGAGGGUGGGAGUGGUGUGCCGGCUCAUCCAGCUGGGGGUCCUGGCUUACAUCAUUGGGUGGGUCUUCAUCUAUGAGAAAGGUUACCAGUCCUCAGACACAGCAGUGAGCUCCGUGUUCACCAAAAUGAAAGGAGUUGGCUACACCAACGUGAGUGGGAGGGAGACGAUCUGGGAUGUGGCUGACUACGUCUUCCCCCCUCAGGGAGACCCAUCUUUUGUAGUGAUGACUAACUACAUCAUUACUGAAGGUCAGAAAAUGGGAAAAUGUCCGGAGCUCGAAGGAAAGAACAGCUGCAACUCAAGUGCCGACUGUGAAGGAGGGAAACUCAAACGGCAGAUGACAGGAGUCUGCGCGGAUGCCACAAAGACCUGCGAGGUGUUAGCUUGGUGCCCAGUCGAAGACGAUAACACCAUACCAGAUCCUCCUCUUCUGAUGUCUGCAGAAAACUACACACUCUUCAUCAAAAACUCUAUAACUUUCCCUUUAUUUGGCGUUACAAGGAGUAACCUGGUGGAGGGUAUUGAUGGUGAUUACAUCAGUAAAUGCCUUUACCAUCCAAAGAAUGCUCCGCUCUGUCCCAUCUUUAGACUGGGAGACAUCGUUAAACUGUCUGGAUUCAACUUUGAAACAAUAGCCAAAGUGGGUGGGGCCAUUGGGAUUGUACUUGACUGGACAUGUAACCUGGACGUUGAUGUGAAACACUGUAAACCAGAGUACAACUUUCACGGUCUCUAUGGAAACCCCAAUGAGAAAGACAAUGCCAGAGCAUCAGUGGGUUACAACUUCAGGUGUGUGAAUAAAACGUUCUGA